CCCAGAAGAGUCGAUCGCAACCGAGCGCAUAUCUACACACCUACCGAAGCCAUCGGAGUUAGCCGCUCAAGAAGCAGGCAUAUCGAACAGGGAAGCUGGAUAGCUCGGUAGGCCCGUAACCCCGAUCUCGACCGUCGCUCCGUCGUCUCCAGCACCGGGAAAUUCCGCGGAGGACACAGCAGGGAUUGGCGAAAGAGAGAGAAAGAGAGGGGAAAGAGAGACGUGAGCGCACACACAACGCUCUCGGCAAAAGACCAUAAGAGACGGGCAGGUGCUCGCUGCCGGCCUCGAAACUAGAAGGCCUCUCCUACGGCAGCAAUCACACGCAAGAGCGGAACGAAGACAAACGUGACGCCUUCGACGUGUGUGCGUUGCGUCUGCUUGCCGUUUCUUACGACCGAGUGCGGUCCCCUCUGUCGUUCGACAAGAAACUUAUACUACUUCUUGGUCGAGAAGUUCGUACCACGGACGUUCCCCCGCACCAACUCGCCUACCUACCUACCCCGACCGUCUAGCAGCGAGUGAAGCGCGCUCUCUCUUCCAGGCCCCAGCGAACGGCUCACUGCAUCGGGAGCAUCUCUCCUCGGACCCGCUUCUCUUCUUUUUUUGCUUCUCCGCUUCCAUCACGAGUGGCUUCUUCCUCCUCAUCCACACGCGCUCGCUCCGGCCUCCGGGAGAAGGUCAAGAGAACCACCUGGCCGAAGAAGAAGAGUGUGCCGGCCGGCGCGAAAACGUAAGCGCGAAAGCGGUUCGUCGUGAGGGCCACCUUCUCGGUUUCUUUUAUUAUUUUCUCUCCGGCGUGGCUUCGUUCGACUCGUGCCUUCUCGCUGGGAGUUUGUUUGUCGGUACGGAGACCAGGAUCUCCGUUUGACUCCGCCCGGACAAGCGUGACACCUUUGUGCGUGUGCUGUGUGUGGGUGUUUCAGUAAGUGUUCUCCGUACGCCAGUUUAUCGGCCAUCUUCUAGCGCAUCUGUCGACGAUAGUGUGGUCCGAAGCUUGCUUCGCUGCCUGUAGUCUGCCGAGGCGUCCUACGCUUCGUUUCGUCUUUGGAAACAAAAUGGCCGCACGGGACUUCAUCUGCAGUUGAGCGAAGUGCUGAAGUAGAAGACCGCGUUCUUCAAAGUUAGAAGCAAGAGACGCGGCCAGCAAGAGCCGACGCCGAAGAUUACAUCUAGGAUGACCAACAGAGCGAAUCGUAUCAAGGUCGCCGUCCUCGGCGGGCCCAGGUCCGGAAAGUCUGCUGUCACGGUGCGAUACCUCACGAAGCGGUACAUCGGAGAAUACAGCUCAAGCAAAGAUAUGCUGUACCGGCACAACGUGACAUUUGACAACGUAGCGACAGACGUCGAAAUACUCGACUCGUCGUGUUGCAUGGUGACGGGCUGCCUGUACGACCACAUCACGUGGGCCGACGCUUUCGUGCUGGUCUACAGCAUCUGCGAGCGCUCCAGCUUCGACCACGCGCGGGCCCUUCUCGAGACCCUGGUUGCCGUUCGCGGUGCUCGGUCGGCGCCCAUGAUUCUCCUCGGCAACAAGCGGGACCUCGAGCACUGCCGUCAGGUUGGAGUGGACGACGGUCACGAGGCGUCGCUUCACUUUCACUGCCAGUUCUACGAGGUGUCAGCGGCCGAGAACUACGUGGGCGUGUCGCUCGCCUUCCAGAGCUUGAUCCGGGAAACGAGGGCGCUGCAGGCGCUCAGGACUCUGCCCAUACGCCGCAAGGCGGGUGCCGCCAUGACAGUGUCGAAGAUGAUCGGCAUUGUUUUCGGCAAGUCGCACAAGUCCAAUCGAAACGGAAAGAAGAGGCCCUCGUUGUCCAUCUGAGGGUGACCGAGAAGGUGACGACGCGCUCGUCCCCCUGUGCUCGAUUGCGGUGUAGCCAUGCCGUGAUGCCCUCUGCGGUGUUUGUGAUGUGCUGUGUAUGCUGGAUAAGCCUGGAGACAGAUUCACCGGACGUAUUCAGUGCCUGUGGAAGAACAGUCAACUAUGCUGCGGACAUCUAGACUGAUGCGACGAGCAGUGUGAUGGGAGUGCUGUAAAUGAUGUGGAGUGGCAAUCACGAAACUAAGAGCGCCGCUUGAACAUGACUGUGUGUAUAUAAAUAAUGGGAGUUCGAGUGUGGUGUCUCAGAUUGGCGGGACGAUCACGCGACGAGUGAGACAGGAGUGAGGUGAUAAUUGCUGACGUACCACUAGAACAUGGGUCACCCGUGCGUAUGUGUUUUGCGUGCUUCCUCGAUGACGAACAUUCGGUGUAUUGCGCCUAGCUGUACCGCCGACAUCGUAGUGAUGGUGCUUCGGCCACCCCGUCAUGGCCUGCGAAAACCUAUAGUCGCUAAGAAGGCUCGAGAGCUCAGAGAAAUCGGAACUAUGGUGGUGAAAGAUGCUGACACUUUGUGAAUGUACUUGGAUGAGUGUUCUGGUGAGCCGUGCGUGAUUUUACAUGUUGUGAUGUAACAGCGUUCACGAUGCCGAAUGGCGUGAGAAACGACGGUGUUCAUGUCCAUCUACAGCGAUGAUGUUUUUUUUUUCGUCGUCUUUUGGCAGGCACUGUGUCACACUGGCAUAUUACGAGAUGAGGUGCCCUACGCUUUGUUUGCGGAGAAUAUUGUCAAGUAUGGGACGCAUUGUUGACAAGGCUUCCUUGACUGACAAGUACAAAGGCGAACGUUCUGAAAGCCUCUUGCAAAGACUGUCAGGGUGCGGAUUUAUCAAGACAAAUAACUUUUAUGAUCAAGCCUAAUUAGUAGGAAUAUACUCAGAAAGCAAAUAAGUGUUGCUAGGAAGGAAAACUUCAUCGAUUUCUUCCGGAAUUGAUGGCAAAACGAAUGAAUUACUCGGGAAAAUGUGCUAAACGUUUCGCGACAUUGAAACUACAUUAUCAAGCGUCCAUCUUUCUCUGUGCUUUUCUUCUUGGAUGUUUAUCGGCCUGGUGAUGCCUUUUUUUUUUUGGAACUGGCAUAGUGAACCCGAUUGGAAGACUCGAAAACAGAAGUCAUUCUCCAGCUCGUGAUAACAUAUGAGAGAUCAUGAAACACCUGAUGUGUCAGGUGUCAUUUGGAACAUUUUGAGCAUUGAGAUAGAGGUGGUAAGAAUUCGUUAAAGAAGGAAUGACGCUGGGGCCAAGUGUGCCGACCCUGACGAAGGCCACUAAUUUUGUUCAAACGCUGGCUCCUCUGUCACUUCAUGUUUGGCGGAUUAUAUCCUGAAAUCUAUCUUUAACUGAAUUUUGCCUUAUUUGGAUAAGACAGAAGUGGACUAUUUGAAAUACUUGUAUUAACAUCUUUACCACCCAUUUAAGGCCGGUAAGCGUGAGCGCAUACCAUUUGCAAAUAAGACGAAAUUUCCAAGGCUUUCAAAAUCAUUGAGACCGACCUCAGGCGGUCCUAAGCUUUUAAUUCCAAAUCACGUCGGCUGGUACAUUCAAAAGGAAGUGGGAUGGUGAAGCUACAGCAAAUAAUCAGGCACCAAACUGUCAAGUGUUUAAAUUAAAAAGAAAAUUCUGCGGUGUUCCGCACAAAAGUGUUCUUGAUUUUAGCUCUGCAAUAAAAGUGGACAACAGGCUCAUUAUUCCCGUAAUUCGUUGACAUAAAUAAGCAUUUACUAAUGGAUGAAUUUUACUACCUUCGGAAGCAGCUUUACAUAAGUCUGUGCAUUCCUUCCGCUCAAAACUUGUGUCUGAAAGUGUUACGUCUGAGAAGAUACAGUACAGUUCGAAAAAUAGGAAGAUAAACUUCACAUACCUGUGUAUGUGAUUGACGGGAUAUCAUCAACGAACCGAGGAAACUAUUGUAAAGUUUUGCUCAUUCCAGACUAUAAAAAACAAGCCUUGCGAAGGUAGCAUAUUUAAGUACAGUUAUUUAACUAGGCUUACAUCACAAUGCAGCAAAACUAGACUUGAAAUAAUGUCUUUCCUGCGAACUAAUUGUAAACGAAAUUACUGCCACCAGCUGUUACAAUGUUCUUGUAUUCAACCGAGAUACUCAUUGCCUUUUAAAACUGUAUUCAAACCAUCUUCGGCUGAGCCGUUAUUGUUGUUUUGUACUUUCAUCUGAUCAUUCAUUGCUUGGCAUCGAACCAUGUGAUCUCAUAGAAGCAUUCGAUGUUCGACUGUACGCAGCGUACCGUAUUCGUUGUUGAACACGUUUCACUGCAAUUUUAACCCACACAUACAUUAUGACAUGCGACAGAGGUAACUAGAGUGUGCUUUUCCUCAAUCUGAAAUGGGAUUACGAAGCACCAGUGCCAAAAUGACGUCUUCGCUGUGAAUAGAUUUCAAGGAUAGGCGCACUACAUUUGAUGUGUCACAGGGUUGUUUCAUCACGCGUCAGGCAUGCUGUGAUUGCCAUUUUGUCUUGUCAGAUCUAUGCAAUAUAUUGUCUAGUUUGUAUAUCUCGCGUGUGUUCUUGAGAUUGUGUUCACUUCAAAGAUUUGUGUGUAUUUAUGAAGACGAAGCCCUUUCCAGUAAGCGCUAUAUAA